CCCAACCCAAGCCGUCGUCGCGUUCACACACGCGCACCCUCUCUGCCCCCACAAUCCAUCCCGUCCUCUCCUCCUCCCUCGCCCGACGCGCAUCGCCUUCGCCAUGGACGCCGCGAGCCGCACCUGGCCGCCCCCGACCCCCUCCCCGCCGCCCUUCUCCUCCCGCCCCCGCGUCGUGGGCCCCCCGCCGCCGCCGCCGUCCGACCCUCCGCCGCCGCCGCCGCCCCACCACCACCACCACCAUCGCCGCCGCCACCGCCACUCCAAGAAACCGAAGCCUCAGCCUCAGCCUCAACCUCCGCCUCCGCCGCUGCCGCCGCAGCAGCAGCAGCAAGAGCCCGCCGCCGGCGCCGGCGCCGGCGCGGACUUCUCCGCGCUGCCGCCGGAGCUCGUGCACAGGGCGCUGGCGGCCGCGGGGGCGUCGGACGUCGCGGCGGCAAGCCGGGCGUGCCGCGCGUGGCGGGACGCGCUGCGGCCGCUCCGGGAGGCCGCGGCGCUGCACGCGCGGGGGCGACGCGUCAAGCACGCGGCAGGCGCGGCCGCGGCCGCGGGCGCCGAGGGGCGGAAGGCGGAGAGGCAGCGCGCGCUGGGGCUGUUCCAGCGCGCGGCGAGGCUGGGGUCCGCGGCGGCGAUGGUGGACGCCGGGCUGAUGUGCUGGGAGGAAGGGCGGCGUGACGAGGCGGUGGGGUGCUACCAGAAGGCGGCGGAGCUAGGGCACCCCGUCGGGAUGUGCAAUCUCGGCGUCUCCUACCUAGAAGCUGAUCCACCCAAGGCUGAGGAAGCUGUUAGAUGGUUUUAUCCAGCUGCGGCUGCUGGCAAUGCUCGUGCUCAAUACAACCUGGGCCUUUGCUUGCAGAAUGGGAAAGGAAUCAAGCGUAACCAGCGGGAAGCUGCAAAAUGGUACCUGCGAGCUGCAGAGGGAGGAAAUGUGCGAGCCAUGUACAACAUUUCCUUGUGCUACAACUAUGGUGAAGGAUUUUCACAGGAUCAAGUGCGUUCAAAGAGGUGGCUGCAAUUAGCUGCUGAUUGCGGUCACAAGAAAGCUCUUUAUGAAUGUGGUAUUAAACUUUGUGCGUUCUUCCAAUUGCACAUUUUAGUGCAUAAGUUUAGGCCAUGUAAUAAGGCAGGAGACAAGGUGAGGUCUCUUAUGUAUCUAGAGUUGGCGACGCGCCGUGGAGAAGCUGCUGCCUCACAUAUGAGGGAUGUAAUACUUGAAUCACUUUCCCUUGUGAAUGCGCAACGUGCCCUGUCAGAUGCGGAUAAAUGGAGACCAAGAGCACUGUAUACCAGAAGAUGAGCAAAUGGGCCCAUCACACGUAUACCAAGUUAAUAACCCCUUGAUGCCAAAAGUAAAAUGGAAAUUCACCACCUGAAGGCCCAAGUGAGCAAUAUGCAUCUGUGGCAUACUCUAGUGUAUGUGGAACUGUGUAUAUGUUAACUUUCAAGCCCCUCUCUCCUUUUCUUUUGUACAGAAAUUAUGACAGCAGAAAUACUGUUACAGAAGGUCAAGUGGCAAUAAUAUCCCUGAUGCAGCAUAGGAUAGAACUUUAUAGUUGAAUUGUUUCAGAUUGUAAUAAAUAGGAACAACUGGUGUUUUUUUUUCGCUGAAAAAGUGUGGAUGUAGGUCCAAUGCAGUGAAAAGUAAUUCUGUGAUCAGCUGUUCUAAAUUGAUGGUUGGUGGAAUUUGCCUUUGUGAAAUUUGAAGGGUUAA